AUCCCAUCCAAUUCUUCGGGACACUUUCCCAAUUUGAAGUAAAGCCUCGUCUCAUCAUAGAGGCUGAAUCUUGACAGUACAAACUUACUUCAGCCCGGGAAUCCGAUCAACAAGAUAUGUCCGAGAGAGGUCACUUUCGCGGCGGCGACAGACGAGGAGGCGGCGGUGGCGGAGGUCGUGGCGGUAGGGGCGGAGGCAGAGGAGGCGGCGCUGCAUCAAAUCAAGCCAAUCAAUCACACGAAAAACCGAAGAAAGAGAAUAUCCUCGACCUCGCAAAAUAUGUCAACAAGCAAGUCAAUGUGAAGUUCAACGGCGGCAGAGAAGUCAUUGGGACCCUGAAAGGCUACGACGGACUCAUGAACCUGGUCUUAGAUGAUGUGAAGGAAACUAUGAGAGACGAUGAAGGCAACGAGACCACCAGAUCGUUGGGCUUGAUUGUGGCCAGAGGCACUUUGCUGGUUCUCAUUUCACCACUUGAUGGGAGUGAAGAAAUCGAAAAUCCCUUCCAGCAGCCUGCAGAAGAGUGAGACCAAUGAGCACGGCUCAUUCGCCACUGCCCGACCACGAAGACAUGACAGCAGCUGAAUACCGAUUCCAAAGCCGGUACGCUUUGGCGGACAUGCAGUGCAGACCUCGUCACCACGGCUCUUCACGCAGCUCACCUAGUAUGUGAUAUUGUUGCCAGAAGCACUGUAGCAGAACCUCAGAUAUAUGGUACCGGAUGACAUGGAGGCACUGGCAAAAGGGAUUGUAGUU